AGUUAAACACCGAUGUCCACCGGUUGUUUUUUUUUUAUUCCCGAAGAACAUUCUUACGCGGUUAUUCCACCUCUUUAAGAUGACACUACCACCAUCUUAUGGACCGACAAGGAAAGUCGGACGCCGCGGGAAAAGUUUAUGUUUCGAUGGAGAUGAGAAGAAUUACGAGUCGUGGGAGACAAAGUUUGUGGAGCACUUGGGUCAGCUAGGCCUCAAAGCCGCGCUGCUCAGUGAGCCGCAAGACAAUAAAGAUGACGUCCAGAAAAACGAGGACGUCUACGCCGAAUUGAUCCAGGUUUUGGACGACAAAAGCCUGUCGUUGAUUAUGAUCGAAGCGGAGGACGACGGGAGGAGGGCGUUGAAGAUACUGCGAGACUAUUAUGCAGCAGAGAGUCAGGAAGAGAUUCCAUCCGAGAUGCAAGAGUUGAACUCCAGUGGGAGGCAAAAGGAGCCGGUGCCCUGCAGCUUUAAAGCGGAAGAAGAGGAAUGGUGGGGGCCGCUUCGAGGGUCAGGUGAGGCUAAUGAUGAUGAAGCUCAGUCCUCGCAGCUUCAUCCCAGUCAAAGUGAGGAGAAUAGAGGGGCAGAGCUUCAAACUCGACACACAACAAAAGCUGAUGGAGAGUAUUGUGAAGAUGUAGACUCGGAACCAGACGACAUCUUUGCUCCACUGUCGGAUAUAGACGGCAUGUCAGACUCUUCUGAGAGUGAUCAAGGUGACACCAAAAAACCUUUAAAGAGUAGUAAGAACUCUAAAAGUGAUACGAAACAUAAUAUUAACAACAAGCGCUAUGACUGCUCUGAAUGUGGGAAAAUAUGUACACAGAAGUGUCAUUUUAUAAUCCACAUGAGAUCACACACUGGAGAGAAACCUUUUGCUUGCUCGGUUUGUGCCAAAAGAUUCUCUUCAAAGAGUCCCCUGAAGUUACACAUGAUGAUACAUACAGGGGAGGUUCCCUUUUCCUGUUCAGUUUGUGCUCGAAAAUUCAGGUGCAAAAGAGAUAUGGUGCUCCACAUGAGAAUACACACCGACGAGAAGCCUUUUGCUUGCUCUGUUUGUGGCAAGAGUUUCUCCAGAAAAAAUUAUAUGACCAAACACAUGAUAUCGCACAUGGACGAGAAGCCAUUUACCUGCUCGCUUUGCCCUAAUAGAUUCAAUUGUAAGGCUUCGGUCAUAGUGCACAUGAGAACGCACACUGGGGAGAAACCGUACAGUUGCAUUACAUGCGAUGCAAAGUUCACAUAUAGGUAUCAGGUCAGUAGACACAAGUGUAAGGCUUUUAAUUUCAAUUCUGGCUUCUCAGAAUCGUAACAAAGAAGAAAAACGGUUAACGGGUGGCGCAACGUGCAUUCCAAUUCGUGAGCUAGUAACGAACGUCAUGGAUAUUGAUUUAACGUGAUUGAAGUGUUGCCAUGGUAAAUAGAAGAAACCACACUGGUGUAGGAAGGUUUUUCGCCGGCCGUCUUUGAACAGUGAAUUGUAAUAUAAAUGGGACUUUACUGGAUAAAUAACAACUUUAAAAAAAAAAAAAAAGGAAGCUGUAAGGUCUUAACUAUGGAUGGGCAAACUACAGCCCGCCAAAUAUCACACAAAUAUCAAACAUCAAAUAUCAAAACAAAAUUAAGCAAAGAUCUGUUUGGAGAAUUGCCACAACAAAACUGAUCCUAAACUUCGACGCAUUGGCAAAGAAAGGGUCAACAACACUGCUCGCCCUGAAAGAAAAUGGAAGUGAAAUACAAAUUCUGUGUUUAUUUGAGGUCCUGAUAGGAUAUUGGGGGAAAAAAAGAUAUAUAGCCCAUAUUUGGGAAGUUACUCUACUCUCAAACGAUAAGAUAUGCUUUGAAAUGAAUCGUGCUCGACUGGCCCGUCUGUCAAAUUUUAUCAAUCAAUCAAUCAAUCAAUGUUUACUUAUAUAGCCCUAAAUCACUAGUGUCUCAAAGGGCUGCACAAACCACCACGACAUCCUCGGUAGGCCCACAUAAGGGCAAGGAAAACUCACACCCAGUGGGACAUUGGUGACAAUGAUGACUAUGAGAACCUUGGAGAGGAGGAAAGCAAUGGAUGUCGAGCGGGUCUAACAUGAUACUGUGAAAGUUCAAUCCAUAAUGGAUCCAAUACAGUCGCGAGAGUCCAGUCCAAAGCGGAUCCAACACAGCAGCGAGAGUCCCAUUCAUAGCGGAGCCAGCAGGAAACCAUCCCAAGCGGAGGCGGAUCAGCAGCGCAGACAUGUCCACAGCCGAUACACAGGCAAGCAGUACAUGGCCACCGGAUCGGACCGGACCCCCUCCACAAGGGAGAGUGGGACAUAGAAGAAAAAGAAAAGAAACGGCAGAUCAACUGGUCUAAAAAGGGAGUCUAUUUAAAGGCUAGAGUAUACAAAUGAGUUUUAAGGUGAGACUUAAAUGCUUCUACUGAGGUAGCAUCUCGAACUGUUACCGGGAGGGCAUUACAGAGUACUGGAGCCCGAACGGAAAACGCUCUAUAGCCCGCAGACUUUUUUUGGGCUUUGGGAAUCACUAAUAAGCCGGAGUCCUUUGAACGCAGAUUUCUUGCCAGGACAUAUGGUACAAUACAAUCGGCAAGAUAGGAUGGAGCUAGACCGUGUAGUAUUUUAUACUUAAGUAGUAAAACCUUAAAGUCACAUCUUAAGUGCACAGGAAGCCAGUGCAGGUGAGCCAGUACAGGCGUAAUGUGAUCAAACUUUCUUGUUCUUGUCAAAAGUCUAGCAGCCGCAUUUUGUACCAACUGUAAUCUUUUAAUGCUAGACAUGGGGAGACCCGAAAAUAAUACGUUACAGUAAUCGAGACGAGGCGUAACAAACGCAUGGAUAAUGAUCUCAGCGUCUUUAGUGGACAGAAUGGAGCGAAUUUUAGCGAUAUUGCGGAGAUGAAAGAAGGCCGUUUUAGUAACGCUUUUAAUGUGUGCCUCAAAGGAGAUAAAAGCCGAUGUGGCCCCUUAGGACAAAAAGUGCGCCCACCCCUCAGUCAAACACACAAAUUGUGAUCGCGCCAAAUGUACAAUAAAAAAAACACAGCAUGUUUGUUUCAUAUUUCAUGUGGUGCUUUCUCAUCUGGGUUGUUAUUGUUUUUGUCCUCUUAAUGAUAUAUCUUCAUUUUUGUCUGUUCUAACCUGAAGAUUUUUUGGGGGGAAUGACGUUGCAUUUUGAUAUUAUUAUUGUCGAAUGAAAACUAUGUAUGAAUAGAAUUGUACUCAACAUUCUGACUGGUAGACAGCAAAAAUGUGAUUUCAUGAAAAAAUACUUACAUUUAAAAAAUAAAUAAAUACAUGGCACACCAAA